ACACCUCAACCUCCAUUUAAACCUUGUGUCCAGCAUGGGCUCUCUGAGUGAUCAGCUAUUCCUUGCCCCUAGAACCUUCUCCUGAAACUCAUCCUGCUGUGCAUGUGUCAGAAAGUUUGGCUUCUGAAGUCCAGGCCCUGUUAACUAAAUCCCCCUCCACUAACUAAAAUCUAUUCCCUCCUUUAUUCUGGCCUUUCAGACUCCUGCUUUCCCCUGACUCCUUCCUUCUCCCCGGGGUGGCCAACCAUGACCACCAUGGUCAACGUGGAUGCCCUUCCGGAAUAUGAGAAGAGUCAGAUCAAGAGGGCCCUGGAGCUGGGGACAGUGAUGACUGUGUUCAGCUUCCGCAAGUCCACCCCUGAGCGGAGGACUGUCCAGGUGAUCAUGGAGACACGCCAGGUGGCCUGGAGCAAGACCGCUGACAAAAUCGAGGGCUUCUUGGACAUCACGGAAAUAAAGGAGAUCCGUCCAGGGAAGAAUUCCAAGGAUUUUGAGCGUGCAAAAGCAGUUCGCCAGAAAGAAGACUGCUGCUUUACCAUCUUGUAUGGCACUCAGUUCGUCCUCAGCACACUUAGUUUGGCAGCUGACUCUAAAGAGGAUGCAGUCAAGUGGCUCUCUGGCUUGAAAAUCUUACACCAAGAAGCGAUGAAUGCAUCCACACCCACCAUUAUUGAGAGUUGGCUGAGAAAGCAGAUUUAUUCUGUGGAUCAAACCAGAAGAAACAGCAUCAGCCUCCGAGAGUUGAAGGCCAUCUUGCCCUUGGUCAACUUCAAAGCGAGCAGCGCCAAGUUCCUCAAAGAUAAGUUUGUGGAAAUAGGUGCACACAAAGAUGAGCUCAGCUUUGAACAGUUCCAUCUCUUCUACAAAAAACUGAUGUUUGAACAACAAAAAUCGAUCCUCGAUGAAUUCAAAAAGGAUUCCUCCGUGUUCAUCUUGGGGAACACAGACCGGCCAGAUGCCUCUGCUGUUUAUCUGCAUGACUUCCAGAGAUUUCUCCUACAUGAACAGCAGGAGCUCUGGGCGCAGGAUCUGAACAAAGUCCGUGAGCGGAUGACGAAGUUCAUUGACGACACGAUGCGGGAAACCGCUGAACCUUUCUUGUUUGUGGAUGAGUUCCUCACGUACCUGUUUUCCCGAGAAAACAGCAUCUGGGAUGAGAAGUAUGACGUGGUGGACAUGCAGGCCAUGAACAACCCCCUUUCUCAUUACUGGAUCUCUUCCUCCCAUAACACAUACCUCACAGGUGACCAGCUGCGGAGCGAGUCGUCCACGGAGGCGUACAUCCGCUGUCUGCGCAUGGGCUGUCGCUGCAUUGAAUUGGAUUGUUGGGAUGGACCUGAUGGGAAGCCCAUCAUCUACCACGGCUGGACGCGGACCACCAAGAUCAAGUUUGAUGACGUGGUGCAGGCCAUCAAAGACCACGCCUUUGUUGCCUCAAGCUUCCCAGUGAUCUUGUCCAUUGAGGAGCACUGCAGUGUGGAGCAGCAGCGCCACAUGGCCAAGACCUUCAAGGAGGUGUUUGGUGAUCUGCUGUUGACGAAGCCCACGGAGGCCAGCGCUGACCAGUUGCCCUCACCCAGCCAGCUGCGGGAGAAGAUCGUCAUUAAGCAUAAGAAGCUGGGCCCCCGAGGUGACGUGGAUGUCAACGUGGAUGACAAGAAGGAUGAGCACAAACAGCAAGGCGAACUGUACAUGUGGGACCCCCUCGACCAGAAAUGGACUCGGCACUACUGUGCCAUUGCUGAUGCCAACCUGUCCUUCAGUGAUGACAUUGAACAGACGGUGGAGGAGGAACCGCCCCAGGAUAUACCCCCCACAGAGCUGCAUUUUGGGGAGAAAUGGUUCCACAAAAAGGUUGAGAAGAGGACGAGUGCUGAGAAGUUGCUACAGGAAUACUGCAUGGAGACUGGAGGCAAGGACGGCACUUUCUUGGUGCGGGAGAGUGAGACCUACCCCAACGACUACACCCUGUCCUUCUGGCGGUCGGGCCGCGUCCAGCACUGCCGGAUCCGCUCUACCAUGGAGGGCGGGACUCUGAAGUACUACCUGACUGACAACCUCAUGUUCAAUAGCAUCUAUGCCCUCAUCCAGCACUACCGCGAGACACACCUUCGCUGCGCUGAGUUCGAGCUGCGGCUCACGGACCCUGUGCCCAACCCCAACCCUCACGAGUCGAAUCCGUGGUACUACGAUGGGCUGAGCCGUGGAGAGGCGGAGGACAUGCUGAUGAGGAUUCCCCGGGACGGAGCCUUCUUGAUCCGGAAGCGGGAAGGGACCGACUCCUAUGCCAUCACCUUCAGGGCUAGGGGCAAGGUGAAGCACUGUCGCAUCAACCGGGAUGGCCGGCACUUUGUACUGGGCACGUCAGCCUAUUUUGAGAGCCUGGUGGAGCUCGUCAGUUACUAUGAGAAGCACGCGCUCUACCGAAAGAUGAGACUGCGCUACCCCGUGACGCCUGAACUCCUGGAGCGCUACAAUAUGGAGAGAGACAUAAAUUCCCUCUAUGACGUCAGCAGAAUGUAUGUGGAUCCGAGUGAAAUCAACCCAUCCAUGCCUCAGAGAACCGUGAAAGCUCUGUAUGACUACAAAGCCAAGAGAAGCGAUGAGCUGACUUUCUGCCGUGGUGCCCUCAUCCACAAUGUCUCCAAGGAGCCCGGGGGCUGGUGGAAAGGAGACUAUGGAACCAGGAUCCAGCAGUACUUCCCCUCCAACUACGUGGAGGACAUUUCCACAGUGGAUGUCGAGGAUCUGGAAAAGCAGAUUAUUGAAGACAAUCCCUUAGGGUCUCUUUGCAAAGGAAUUUUGGACCUCAAUACCUAUAACGUGGUGAAAGCCCCACAGGGGAAAAACCAGAAGCCUUUUGUCUUCAUCCUGGAGCCCAAGAAGCAGGGUGAUCCUCCGGUAGAGUUCGCCACGGACAGGGUGGAGGAGCUCUUCGAGUGGUUUCAGAGCAUCCGGGAGAUCACCUGGAAAAUUGACACCAAGGAGAAUAACAUGAAAUACUGGGAGAAGAACCAGUCGAUCGCCAUUGAGCUCUCUGACCUGGUCGUCUACUGCAAACCAACCAGCAAGACCAAGGACAACUUAGAAAAUCCUGACUUCCGAGAAAUCCGCUCCUUCGUGGAGACAAAAGCUGACAGCAUUGUCAGACAGAAGCCCAUGGACCUAUUGAAGUACAAUCAAAAGGGCCUGACCCGAGUCUACCCGAAGGGACAAAGAGUUGACUCUUCAAACUAUGACCCCUUCCGCCUCUGGCUGUGUGGCUCCCAGAUGGUGGCGCUCAACUUCCAGACUGCAGAUAAGUACACGCAGAUGAAUCAUGCGCUGUUUUCUCUCAAUGGGCGCACGGGGUACGUUCUGCAGCCUGAGAGCAUGAGGACAGAGAAGUACGACCCAAUGCCGCCUGAGUCCCAGAGGAAGAUCCUGAUGACUCUGACUGUCAAGGUUCUUGGUGCUCGCCAUCUGCCCAAACCUGGACGGAGUAUUGCUUGUCCCUUUGUGGAGGUGGAAAUAUGUGGAGCUGAGUAUGACAACAACAAGUUUAAGACAACUGUUGUGAAUGAUAAUGGUCUCAGUCCUGUCUGGGCUCCGACACAGGAGAAGGUGACAUUUGAGAUUUAUGACCCAAACCUGGCAUUUCUGCGCUUUGUGGUUUACGAGGAAGAUAUGUUCAGUGACCCCAACUUUCUUGCUCAUGCCACUUACCCAAUUAAAGGAAUCAAAUCAGGAUUUAGAUCUGUUCCUCUGAAGAAUGGGUACAGUGAGGACAUCGAGCUGGCUUCCCUCCUGGUUUUCUGUGAGAUGCGACCAGUCCUGGAGUGUGAAGAAGAACUUUACUCUUCCUGCCGGCAGCUGCGGAGGCGGCAAGAAGAGCUGAACAACCAGCUCUUUCUGUAUGACACACACCAGAACUUGCGCAAUGCCAACCGGGACGCCCUGGUGAAAGAGUUCAAUGUCAAUGAGAACCAGCUCCAGUUGUACCAGGAGAAAUGCAACCGGAGAUUAAGGGAGAAGAGAGUCAGCAACAGCAAGUUUUACUCAUAGAAGCCAGGGUACAUGUGUAAGGGUGUUGUGUGUGUGUGCGUGUGUGUUUGUAUGUAGAAGAAUGUGCUCUAUUUACACCCUGGGAAGACUCUAAUCAGUGACAUCAUCCUUUCAUCAAGCCUGCCAUCAAGAUGACAUUUCUGAAGAAGACCCAACUGGCAUGAGUUGGGGUGAUUUCCUGCUAAUUUUUCAUCUUGGACAACCUUCUUAACUUAUAGUCUCUAUGGAGGAUCCCUAAAACAUGUUCCUCGUUUUUGGUCUUUCAUGUUCCAAACCUCAUUGAAUAAAAGCAAUGGAAGUCUCGAUCAUUUCAACCUUCUGUGCACAACCUGUACAGUGAACAGGAUUUCUUUUCUGGCCCAAAAGAUUCUGCCUCUAAUGACCCAGGUGAUUGACUUCCAUGGAAGAUGAGCCAGAAAUGUAAGGAACAAAUCCAUUACAUUCU